AUGAAAUCACUUUCUGAGAAACCAAGUUCUAUCGGUUUUGGUUUUGGAAAUAAGAUAUCUGUGAUUACAGAAGAAAAAGCGUUCAAGGCCGUGAAAGAGCAGUUUGAAAUUGGUGAUCUUGUACCUGAACAGGAAAACUCACUUCGCGAAUUUUUUGAAGGUCAAAAUAUCUCUGAGUGGACUGUUACGUCAUCAUCUUCGCACAAUCUCCGUGUUGUUAUCAUCUACCGUCCGCCAUACUCUGAUGAACAUAAAGUGUCAGCCAAUGUUUUCUUCACCGAGUUUUCGACUUAUCUUGAAUCCAUUCUUCUGUCUAAGGAACAGCUACUGAUUACCGGUGACUUAAACAUCCAUAUUGAUGCUGUUGAUGAUCCUGACUCUCUCAAACUGUUGGAUCUCUUGGAGUCUGUUGGUCUACGGCCACACGUCUCCCAGCCAACUCAUGUUCAUGGACACACACUAGAUCUUAUUAUCACCCGAUGGUCUGACCAAAUCAUCCAGGAUUCACCACAAACUGAUCGUUUCAUAUCAGACCAUGCAUCACUUCUUUGCAAGCUACUUCAAGAUAAACCAGCUGUGACAACUAAGAAGGUCACUUACAGGAGGCUCAAAUCAGUGGACCUGGAUUCACUCAAAGCUGACUUAGCUGCCUCUGGAUUGUGCCAAGAACAAUCCGAUGAGUUAACUAAUGUCACCCCGGAUGGAGUUGAUGCGCUUUUACGUAACUAUAACAAAACUCUGUCC